AUGUUGGGCAAUAUGUUUGCCGCCGGAAUCUCGCCUCUCUUCGGCCCGAUCAUCAAGGAAUUCCAUGUUCCCAUUAGUCAAGUUUCGUGGCUGUCCUCUUAUGCCCUGUUGACACUUGGUCUUUCGAAUCUGUUUUCCAUCGUAUUGUACAGAUACAUUGGAAAGCGUCUGACAAUCCUAACCACACUUGUCGGGUUCCUCGGAUGCAACAUCUGGACCGUUUACACCACGUCCUAUAACUCUUUGGUCGCAACCAGAGUUGUUGGAGGCCUUUUCAGCGGUGUUAUCGAGUCCCUCGGUCCGGAGAUCAUAGUUGAGACGUUCCAGGAGAAAGAACUCGCCUCAGCCAUGGCCGUCUACGUUGGGUUUCUAGCUGCUGGUUCCGCUCUGGGUCCCAUCUUUGCUGGUGUCAUUGAAACACAAACCAGAGAGUGGCGAUGGUUCUUCAAGUUCUUGGCCAUCAUUAUCGGAUUCAAUCUGCUGGCCUCAAUCCUGAUGUUGCCUGAAACGACUACGAGGGGCGUCGCCCCUUCGUAUACCCGACAUAUAACGGAGGACAAUGUGGAUUCCAAACAAGACACGACCAGCGAGAAGGUCGAGUUUUCGGUGCUCCCUCCGGUCUCUGCAGAACAACGGCCGCCGCAAAGUCACCAAUUCUGGCAAGUUUGGGUGGAAAAGUCCUUUCACCUCCGACUCAGCGACCUCCCACCCAGACAGGAGAGCGCACUACAAUACCUCUACCGACCAUUCUUCAUGCUACAAUAUCCCUCUGUGCUCAUCACCAUCAUCAUCUUCGGCCUCACGAUCGGCUGGACUGUCGCAACCUCUAUCGUCCUCAGCAACGUCUUCCAAUCUCCACCUCUCCUGUGGACGGCACGAGCAGUCGGCCUUCUCAAUAUCGCCCCGCUCAUCGGUCUAGUUGUCGGUCUUCCCGUUGGGGGUCUCCUCGCAGAUUGGCGAGCCUACCACACCCGUCAGCGAAAUGCCGGCGUCCACGUCCCCGAGAGUCGUCUGGUAGUUGUCAUCCUGGGCGCCGUUAUCAGUCCCGCGGGCGUCCUGAUCAUCGGUCUCUCCAUGCAAAAUCACACACACUGGCUCGGGCCCGCAUUUGGCUGGGCAUUGUUAGCUUUCGGCCUCACCGGAUCGGCUAAUGUGCUGCUGAGUUACACGAUCGAUUCGUACCCACACAAGGCAGCUCACACUGCCCUGCUCGUCAACGUGGUCAAGAAUGUGCUGGGAUUUUGCGUGUCUUUCGAAAGCAUGGACUGGUUCCUGCGUGACGGUGCGGCCAAACAGUUUGGUGCCAUGGCUGGAGCAUUGUGGGCGAGCUACGUUUUUGUCAUUCCGCUGUAUAUCUAUGGGAUGAAGCUCCGGGAGAGGUCUUGGACGUGGUUCUAA